UUCUCAACUUUCUGAUACCAUUACCAUCCUUCUCCGAAUUCUCAAUUUUCUUCCAAUAUAGCCACCUAAGCUCUGUAGUCUGUGUAGUAUCAACCAUUUCAAGCAAAUUGACACAUACAUCAUUUUCAACUAAGCUUGUCUUUGUUCUAUGAUGCUGGGGCUGGCUCUUGUGUUAUUCAAUCCACAUAGCAAACAAUAAUAAUGUACAUAUAAGUACACAUAGUUUUUGUAGCAGAGUUCGUCCAAACACUUCAAACAAAAACAAAAACAUGGGUUCAGAGGCCACAGAGCAAUCUUCUGAGAGGUCUCAAUGGGUGCUCAAUUCUCCCAACCCACCACCUCUAACCAAGAAGCUUUUUGGUCCUCUGAAGAACAGUAACAACUUCUUUUUCUCUUCAUCCUCAUCCAAGAAGGAAACUCGGAGCCGACGCGCCGUUUCCUUCUUGGCGAGUUUGUUCCCAAUCCUUAGCUGGUUCAGAACUUACUCAGCUACCAAGUUCAAGGAUGAUUUGCUAUCUGGUUUAACUCUUGCCAGCCUCAGCAUACCCCAGAGCAUAGGAUAUGCAAAUUUGGCCAAACUUGAUCCUCAAUAUGGCCUGUACACUAGUGUCAUUCCUCCUGUUAUCUACGCACUAAUGGGGAGUUCAAGAGAAAUUGCUAUUGGACCUGUGGCGGUUGUGUCAAUGCUGCUAUCUUCUCUGGUUCCAAAAGUGGUAGAUCCUGAUGCUCACCCAAUUGACUACAGAAACCUUGUCUUUACAGUCACUUUGUUUGCCGGAAUCUUUCAAACUGCGUUCGGAGUUCUAAGGUUGGGAUUUCUAGUGGAUUUUCUGUCACAUGCUGCACUUGUGGGAUUCAUGGCAGGUGCAGCCAUUGUUAUUGGUCUUCAGCAGCUCAAGGGGUUGUUGGGGCUAACUCACUUUACUACCAAAACCGAUGCAGUAGCAGUCUUGAAAUCUGUUUAUGCUUCACUCCAUCAACAAAUUACAUCCUCAGAAAAAUGGUCCCCUCUUAACUUUGUCAUCGGGUGUUCAUUCCUGAUUUUCCUUUUGACUGCACGGUUUAUUGGCAGAAGGAACAAGAAACUUUUCUGGCUGCCAGCUAUUGCUCCUCUUCUAUCAGUUAUUCUCUCAACUUUGAUUGUUUUCUUGUCCAAAGCUGAUAAGCAUGGGGUUAAUAUAAUAAAGCAUGUUCAAGGAGGGCUUAAUCCAAGUUCAGUUCACAAGUUACAAUUAAAAGGCCCACAUGUUGGACAAGCUGCUAAAAUUGGAUUGAUUUCUGCCAUCAUCGCUCUCACCGAAGCAAUAGCUGUUGGUAGAUCUUUUGCUAACAUCAAAGGAUACCAUCUUGAUGGGAACAAAGAAAUGUUGGCAAUGGGCUGCAUGAACAUUGCAGGAUCAUUAACUUCAUGCUACGUGUCAACUGGUUCGUUUUCAAGGACAGCGGUGAAUUUCAGUGCAGGGUGCCAAACAGCAGUAUCAAACAUAGUGAUGGCGGUAACGGUGCUUCUAUGCUUAGAAUUUUUUACAAGACUAUUGUACUACACUCCAAUGGCAAUACUUGCUUCUAUAAUCCUCUCAGCAUUGCCUGGGUUGAUAGACAUUGGUGAAGCUUAUCACAUAUGGAAGGUUGAUAAAUUCGACUUUCUUGCAUGUCUUGGUGCUUUCUUCGGAGUCUUGUUUGUAUCCGUUGAGAUUGGUCUUCUUAUUGCUGUUUCAAUCUCAUUUGCAAAGAUACUAUUACAAUCAAUUAGACCAGGUGUUGAAAUUCUAGGGAGAAUUCCAACCACAGAAGCUUAUUGCGAUGUUAUCCAGUAUCCCAUGGCGAUAACCACUCCUGGGAUACUGGUCAUUCGCAUAAGCUCGGGCUCACUCUGCUUUGCGAAUGCCGGUUUUGUCAGAGAAAGAAUCCUGAAGUGGGUAGAGGAUGAAGAACAAGAUAACAUUGAAGAAGCUGCUAAAGGAAGGUUGCAAGCUAUAAUCAUUGACAUGACCGACCUCACAAAUGUUGAUACUUCCGGAAUCUUAGCACUGGAGGAACUGCAUAAGAGAUUGCUUUCACGUGGUGUAGAAUUGGCUAUGGUAAAUCCAAGGUGGGUAGUGAUUCACAAGCUUAAAGUGGCAAACUUUGUUGAUAAAAUUGGAAAAGAAAGGGUUUUUCUCACUGUUGCUGAAGCCGUAGAUGCUUGUCUCUCUUCUAGAUUUGUCAACACUGCUUGAUGAUGAUUUGGUGUCUCUUGUAACAUAAUAAUGCAUGCAUAAUUAUAUUGAAGUAUCUUAGUACAUAGCGAAUUAUAUCAAAGUAUCUUCUAGUCUAGCAUAAAAUGUAAGUGACACUUAAGAUUGUGUACGGUUUGGAGUGAUGAGAUUGAGUCUAUCUCAUAUGUCAAGUUAAAUUCGAGCAUCAUAAUGUUAUAUAAUUAGAGAUAGGAAAAGAGUCAAUUUUGAUCAUUCAAUCUCACAUUGAAUGUCAAGAUUGUAAUUUAUUCGAGGGACAUAUAGGAACCUAAU